AUGUGUGAGCGCAAGGAGGACGGCGUCAGCUUCGUGCCAUUCUUGGGCAGCGGCGGCAUCGUAAAGCCUGCAGGCCCUGUUUUGCCAGGCGAGUGGAUGCCCUCCAUGUCCACGGUAGCAGGCGGUUUGGCUGGCGGUGUGGUGUCCGGCAGUGUGUCCGGCACGUUCCAAGGGCCGGCAUCCAUAUCGACGUCCACGACCCGUGGCGGCGACUCGUCUGUCGAGCCCAGCCACACGUGGGCCGCGCUGACAAUGCCGCGGGGGCGAUCGGCUGGUUCGUCGUCGCUGCUGUCCGAGUCGUGCAGUCGGUACGGUCGACGGCGGUUGCCGUGCACCUUGAUCGACUGGCGGCCUUCUUUCUUGGGCGACACAGACGACGUGGCCGACUCGGACGCGACGGACAGCGCCAGCGAGUGGGACCGGGUCGACGCUGACGACAGAGGCGAGGUUUCCCGGAAGGCGCCAGCAGGCUGUUUUCGUUCGCGAAGCGCACGGCCGCGGACGGACUGCGGCGAGCUUGCCGUUGUCGUCGUUCGCGUCAUCCAGUAUGAAGACAAAGGGCCAAGUCGCGUCGGAUUUGCGUUUCUGUCGGCCUGUAUCCCCAUCGUUGUGAGCUUCGUCGCCGUCACGGACCUCGCGUGCUUCCAAAACAAAGGCCUGGCCAUCGCCACCGGGUGCCCUGCGGAUGACCGGAUCGCCAACCAAGUUGUCGGUUGCAAUGGUGAUGGGCUCUUUUGGGUUCGCUGGGCGGCGGCCGCGACGGGGGAUGGCAAAGGCAAACGUGAGCGUCUUGUUGUCGUUGUCGAAGGUGAGGUGACCCGGUUUGCCGUUGUAAUGGCAGGCAACCGGCACGAGGGCAUCCGCCUCUGGUCGUCCCUGCCCGUUUUGAACGCUUUGUGUACGCCUGACAUCCGGACCCUCGUCUUCCCGUUCUUUGUCUUCCUUGCCCGUGUCUUCCGCUUCGGCGGCGGCCUCGGCUGGCUUGACCUUGGGUGGACGCCCACGCCUCUUUGGUGCCACAGGGGCGGCAACAGGCCGCACAUCAGUAGCCUCGCCGUUCUCCAUGAUGGCUUCAGCGUCGACCAUGUCUGUGUCGGCGUCUUCAGUUUCAUCGGGCUCGUCGGGCUCCGCAUCUCUGACUUUGGGCGGCCGUCCUCGCCUGGGUUUGGGCGGUGGCGUGCCUGCGUCGACGCUGUGAUCUGCACCGACUCUGGGCGAACCGUUGUCUCCUCUUCGUCUGUCUCUGCCGCGGGGUCCAUUCUUCCUGGGCCGGCCGGCCCUCUUGCGUACAUGCAGCGCCGUACACCUGGCCUCCUGCUCGGCCAGCUCUUGGGCCGUCAUGGGCGGCGGCAGCGGCGCGAAUCCGUAGAGACGGCGCAGCUCCUCGGCCGGCCGAUCGAACAGCGUGCCGGCGUCGCGCAGCGCCCAGAACGUGGCGGCGUCGGCGCGUGCCGCGGCCGACGCUGCCGCCGUUUCUUGCUCAAUGGCGUCGAGGGACUCGCCGUGGCUGAUGCGCUCGGCCAGCUUGGCGUUCUCGAGGGUGCGGAAGAGGUAGGCCUUGUUCUUGCCGACGCGGGCGGGCUCGCAGUGCAGCUGGAACUGGCGGAGGUGGUCGGGCUGGCUGCCCGGGCGCGACAUGGCGGUGACGAGCGAAAACACGUAGCGGGCAAACGACGGGCCCAGGGUGGCGCGGCAGAUCUCGGGCGACGUGAUGCCGUCGAUGCCGGCGCGGUCGACGGUGUCGUAAAUCAGGUUGGCCAGGGGCACGUCGAGCGCCCAGGCGGGUUUCGAGCGGCCGGCGACACGGCCCCCCAUUACGCUCGUCCCGCCCGCAGCAUCGCCGUCGCCGUCGCCGUCCUCGUCGUCCUCCUCGAGCGCGGCCAUGCUGUCCAGCUCGAGCUCGCUCUGGUGGUCGCCGCCCGCAUACGACAGUCGGCCAAGCUCCUUCUUACGCUUGGCGCGCAGCUCGGUGAUGGGGGCGCGCCGGCGGCCGGCGGCCAGGUAGACGGCCCACUCGCCGGGGGUCGGGUCGCGCUCAAACUUGAUGCAGUCCUUGAACAGCUGGCGCUCGUCCGGGCGCAUGGCGGCGACGUACUUGAGGAUGCCGGAGGCGACAAACUCGCGCGAGGCGCGGGCCAGCGUGCGCAUCUGCCAGCGCAGGCCGACAAUGCCCAGCUUGACCUUGAGGUCGACGACGCGGAUGACGCCCCAGGCCUUGACAAUGGCCAGGAUGGUCUGACCAAAGGAGGCAAACUCAAUGGCGUCGCCGAUCCAGCGGUUGCGCCAGGGCACGGGCGCGAGGUCCUUGGUGAGAAACUCGGGCGAGAAGUCGAUGCCGCUGCUGGCGAGAUCCUUGGACGACAAGAGGGCCGGGGUGGCGUCGUCUGCGAUUCUGUUGUGGUUGGUUCCGGUGCGCCAGAGUCGAGCUCGACAGGCGCAAACUCGGCCAGCCACAGCAUGCUGUCGACGUCGUGGCCGGUCAGCGUGUACCAAAUGGUCUUUUCCGUCGCGUACAGGCGCGGCCGUGUGCUCGGGUCCUCGUUUGCAGCGGCUGCAGACGCGGAGGACCGGCCACCCGCACUCUUGCGGUUUCGUUUCCGCUUUCCACCUUUGGCCGGUGUUGCGAGUGAUGCUGCGGCCAUGGCAAUCUUGUUGUCGUCGGCGUCCUCCAUCGCCGGGUCAACUGGGUCAUCUGCCACGGGCGGCUGCGGCUCGGGAAGGGCGAGGGCAUCGUCCAGCGACAGGUGGCCCCGGUCGCCGUUGCGGCCUACCAGGAUCUCGGGCCGCUCGACCAGCCAGUCCCAGGCUUUGCGGGCCAGUGGCAUGUCGACAAACACGGCUGUCGACGCCGCAGUUGGUGUGUUGCUGCCGCCGCCAUUGUCGCCGUCCACGGAUUCUGUCUUGGGCUGGGAGCGACCAUUAAACCGGCUCACGGCCGUCACAAAGUCCGCCACGCGAAAGCCUAGCCGGUGUCAGUAUACAUACUGUGCAAUAGGCUACGUGGACCGCAAUACCGCAAUACGCACCUGUCUCGCCGCAAUAGGCCGUCUCGGCGACGAGCCAAUCGAUCAGCUCGUCGAGUCCUCUGGCCAUGGCUGCGUUGCGCGUGGCCGCAUGCUGGGGCGGUGUUGA